CCGGGAGAGCAGAAACUUGUUUAUUGGACUAUCAUAACCAGGAAAGGUACAGGACAAACUUGGCCGAGUGAAAAUACCGUUCUGUGUGAACCGAACUGCGUAAAAGAAGGUUUUAUUGUUAUCCUGUGUGGACAUUUGUUGACUGUGUGUCAUAUGAUAUGGAGAAGUUUAUCGAGUUAGGAAAAACAUUUGGCCUGGAAGGAGCUGAGUUGCUUUCAUUCGUGGAGAAACGUAGAGAGGAAGAACGCGAGGAGAAACGAAGAAAAGAAGAAGAAGAGAAAGAAGAGAGAAUGAGAAGAGAAGAAGAGAAAGAAGAGAGAAUGAGGAGAGAAGAAGAAGAGAAGGAAGAGAGACGUAGAAGGCAAGAUGAGGAGAGGGAAGCUCAACGACAAGAGUGCGAAAUUAGAAAACUUCGCGGAGAGCUUCAGAGACAAAAGGUGGAAGCCGAAGAAGCUCAGAGAAGACAUGAGAGAAAUGAAGCAUUUAGAGCUGGAACAGACCAAGCAUUGGCCUAGAGCUCAGGCAAAUAAUU